AUGAAAUAAUAAUAGAUUCAAGAGGAUUCUGACUCAGAAUACAAACAAGAAGUUGUUGACAAAUCUAUCAAUGAUAAAGAGACUAAAGUCAAAGUCACCUAUAAAUAAGUCUAAGUUAGACCUGGAGUGUUGGAAAGAUAGAAAUGGGAAAAAUGGGGAGAGGUUUCCAAUCUACCAAGAGGCUAAUUCAGAGAAGGAGAUAUGCUUGUUGAAGCUGAAUUAAGAAUUUAAGCAGCAAAUAAUUAAGAGGAAUGCAAUUUUGUUAUCCCUCCUCCUAAAUAAUUGUUUGUGGUCAGUUUUGAUAAAGAGUCGUCUAAACCCUAAGCAAAUCAAUAAGUUGGUCCUCGUUAAAUUGGCUAAAGUAUCUAAUUUGAAUAGGCUCCUGCUUCCUCUUAAUGGUUAGUUAUUGUGUCUAAUCUUGUGCAAUUCGAAUAUGCUGAAACAUUCUAGGAUAUCAUAAGAGCUAAAGAUGAUUUCAGAGGAUGGUUGAGAAAACAAUUAGACUAAGAAGAAGGCAGAUUCAGUUAUUAUAUUAAUUUCUUGUAAAACAGAAGAAAGUAAAAGGUGUAUUCUUUGGAUGGUUUAAAUUCUCAUUAGCCUUUGAUCUAAAAGGUCAUGUUGAAAUUUUAGGAUAAAAACAGAGCAGAAAUUGCACUUGAGAAACUAAAUGGCAAGAGUUAUGAUGGUUGUAUUUUGCAGUUAGAAUUGUAAGAAUAAAGACCUCGUUGAAAGUUUUAUCGAUAUCAUUUAUGUUAAAAAACAUCGAAUUAUCACUUUUUCAA